AUGAAUGCAGAAGAUACAUAUCGGUCCGUGCAACAACGAUAUGCCAGUGUCGCGACUCAGGCCAACUCCAAUGACCAGAGGGACUACGAGCGGAAAGUCGCAACGGCAUUUGGAUACGAUCCUGAGGAUUUACUCUCUCUUCCCGAGAAUGCGAAUCUAGGUGUUAGUUGCGGGAAUCCAUUAGCGACGGCUAGUAUCAGUCCAGGCGAAACGGUGGUUGAUCUAGGUAGUGGCGGAGGUAUCGAUGUUUUACUUGCCGCGAAAAAAGUCGGACCGGAAGGAAAGGCUAUCGGUGUCGAUAUGACGAAGGACAUGUUGGAAUUAGCCCGUCGCAACGCGAAGAAUGCCGGAGCCUCGAAUACAUCCUUCAUCGAGGCAUUCAUCACGUCUAUCCCAUUGCCGUCAUCGACAGUUGACUGCAUCAUCAGCAAUUGUGUGAUAAACCUGGUUCCAGACGCCGAGAAACAUCUUGUGUUUCAAGAAAUAUUCCGUUUGUUAAAGCCAGGAGGUAGAGUUGCGAUCAGCGAUAUCCUGGCAAAACAAGAGCUUCCACUAGAGAUAAGACAAGAUCUAUCACUCUAUGUUGGCUGUAUAGCUGGCGCUAGUCAGGUUUAUGAUUAUGAGAAAUAUCUUAAGGAAGCAGGAUUCCAAGACGUGUUGAUUAUCAACACCAACAGCGACCUAAACCUGUACAAAGAAAUGUCGCUGAAUGAAGAUGCUGACAAAGCACCAUCAAAGAGCUCAUGCUGCAGUACUGCAACCACCGAAUCAAAGGGGACAAAGGGGUUGCCAGAUGUUGAUUUCAAUCAUUGGACUGGUGAGCUGCGACAUAACCCAACUUGA